AUGCCUAAAUUGGGGGGAGCAGUGCGCCCACCGUUGUCGGUAAAAGAGGAAGAGAUGGGUCAUUUUCCUCAUCGUCUCGACCACGCAUGCGCGCGCUCGACCGGUCCCCUGACCAGAGAAGUGCGAGCCGAGUCGACCAAAGCGAGCCCGCGCAGCUCUCUUUGGGAUCAGAUCGUCGCCAAUGACGAGAUUGCGCACGCGACUGGCUUCGUAGAAAGAUACGAGUAA